GUCCACUUGUCUUAGCCUGCCUCGUUUCUUGCCCUCCUUCCCGCACCCGCUUUUUUCCCUUUCCUCCCUCCCUCAUUAUUCGAAACCUCACAGGCCGCGUUUCUCAAAGAACGUCCUAGCCGCUCGUUGCUCUCUCAUCCCGUUCCCUUUCCAACCCAAUCCGCCCAGGCUGGAGUGUGCUUUGUCCUCUGUCUAAGCCGGAUCGGUUGGUUUUUAUCGCCCUCAGGUCACUCGCUUUCCACCAGAGGUUGUGCUGGCCCAGCGGUCGAACCGCUGUCCUACCUCUCGCGCUGUAUUUCUGCGAGACCACUCGUUUAGUUUGCUGUUUAUCCAAUUGACCAACACCACGGCGCACUAUCGACGACUGGGUUGUGAUUGACGAGGUAAAAGAGUUGGACAUCUGCUGGGAUCUCGCAGAACAAUACUCCGUAUACUGCAGCCUUGUUGCUACUUCAUCGUCGUUCAGCCAUGUCGACCGCAGUGGCUUCAGCUGCGGUUGCUCCGAUGCCUUCACUCGAUCGUAACUUGAGCCCCAGAAGCUAUCCGCCACUGGCUCCUUCUACGAGUAGAGACAGGAACUCCGACUUGGGCAUACUUUCAGAGACAAACACGCCCGCAAAUGCCAACGAGAAGUCUCCAUCAGAUGGGAAGAGGUCUCCAAGAUCACUUCGUAGUUCAGAUCACCCUAAGAUCAUUGUGAAGAAGGAACCUCCCCCAUCCCCAUCCCUACAGACAACUCGCCACAGACCUAAGAAGUUGGAUUUGAAUACCACGGGUGCCUUACUCGCAAAUGUGAACUCUCGGCCAUCGGCCACACCACUGACUGCAAGAGACGGAUUGGUUGUUCAGGAUGUCGGCCUGGCCUGCUUGUCUCCUGGGUUCCAAACCCAAGACCCAGCAAUGCGCGAACAGCUUGAGCGUAGCAUGUCUGUGAGAGACCAGCAGCGAUCCAUAAUUCAAGCUCGACUUCUUAAAUCUGCAAGGGGAGAUGGACCGGACACAGGAAAGACCAGCGAGCCAGCAACGGCAACCACUUCCAAGACACCUGCAGCUUCCUCCAAGAAAAGGCCCCCACCUGGGUUAUCGAUUGUGCCUCCUGCAGCCGAGCGCUUUGCCAACGAACGUGUUAUUCAAUCAGCGCCACUAAACCAGACAUUUACUGGCAGGUAUGAGGCACCCCCAUCGAGACAAAUCAGUGAUCAUGUCGCCAACUCGUCACAAACUCACAUCCAUCAUGUUCCUGCAAUCCAAACCAACAAUCGACUUCCUCCCAUUGCCGACGUGUUUGGAGCCAGUGAGCUCAACCCGGGUCCUGGUCGACCUCCCUUCCUUCAUGCAAACUCGACACCCUCCCAGGGUCAUGGACCUCCACUACCUUCGCCAGGCUUUCCACCACAAACGGCUCAUCCUAUGUCUCAGGCUAUGCACUUGGAUCGACCUCGAGAAUAUCGAUCGGCAGAAGAAGCUGUUCACGAGAUGACUGGCGGACGGGAGGAGUUGUUGCCCCGAAUCGUCCACUAUGGAGGCCAUCAACCACCCACUCCCCCCUCACCUCAUCCUGCAAUGAAGGACAAUUUGACUCCUCAGAAGUUCCUACCCAACAACUCUGCGGGUCGACGAAGAACCCGUAUGGAAUAUGAAGAGGGCAGUAGCCCGCCUCUCGGUUCUGGACGAGAACGUCCUCGCCAUAGUGGUCCGUUCGGAGAAGGGAGAGACAGCCCUGCCACCCAAAAAGCAAAGAAGGAAGAAUUCUUGAGCUUAUGCGCUCGAGCAUGGGAUCUCUUCCAUUCUUGAAUGUUGAUGUCGUGACUUCACACUUCUGUUUAUAUUCGAUGCCUUCAUUUGCGACGGCGCUUCAGGGCGUAAUGAGACGGACGGCCGUUUGCGAAAGGCAUUCUUUUCCUUGGGCACGAAAUCUCGCCGAUAAAUCUUCGCUGGAUCUGAAUAUUUUGCUACAUGGGAUGGAUGUCUUUGAACGGGCAGUAUCAUGUAAUGACAAAAGGACUGGCUGGACUGGGACUAGUUCUAAUACUCACAGAUGAUUAGCGACGAAUGGCUGAGGGAGGUUUUGCAUUGGAUUUGAUUUUGGUUUGGGUUGUCAAGCGACGUCUUUGGGUUACGGCACCAAGAGUUGCAGGAUUUUAUUGGUAGGACUCUGUUGUUGGUGUUGGAUGAUGGCCUCAUGUGUGUAUGUUCCUGUCAAGAUGAUGAGGCUACUCCUACAACAGGGGUAGGGUACUCGUAGGAUUGCAGAGAAAAUUCCAAAAAGCAUUGAUUUGCUUGUGAAA